UACCUUGAGUCUGGCGCCUUAGACCACUCGGCCAUCCUGACAACUAGCAAAACUCGCCAGCCCAAUUGCUUUAUAAACCUGUUGCUGGUUCCAUAACCACGGAUUAUACUAUACAGGGAGUUACAUUAUUAUCUAUCCAAUUUGCUGUAUGUAUCUAUAAACCACGACAGAUUGCUCCAUACGCCCGGUUUCUCCGUUAACGUUGAAUGUAACAUUAAGUUAGCCUAUUAGCUAACGCUAAUAUCAGCGCUAUACAUAGCCAUGUUAUCAUAGGCUAAUGCGAUUGCUGACAACAUUGUAGACAUUUUGUAGUACAUUCAGUAGCUUGUAACAUACAUCGAAUGAUGCAUUUAGCACCUGGCCAAACAUUACACGUUGCUUUUACAACAUAUGGCUUAUUGAGAAAUUUCAUCUGAAGGUAACGUUAGAACUAGGGCAAGCUGGCUAGCACUGCUAUUUGCCUGGCUAGCAGUUAGCACGUCCCCACCAACUCAACAACAGUAGACUCCAACAUGCGGUUAUUCAACCACCAGUCAUCCUUACAAAACACACGGGGCGUGCCACUCGUGUAUAAGCCGUCAUCCGAUUCAGUGUUUCAUUUGGCAAAGGAGGAAUGCCUGUAUGUGUCUACGAUUCACCCGAAGAUGUCUAUCUACAGAAACGCAGUGUGGUUUGUAAAAGGACUCCAGGAGUAUACCAAGAGUGGCUAUGAGGCGGCAGCGCGACACUUCACCCCCUCUGACCUUGAGGUGACCCUGAGCGGCCGCUCCUUCGUCAUCACCGGCGCCAACAGCGGCAUCGGCAAAGCAGCCGCGCAGGACAUCGCCAACAGAGGGGGAACGGUGCAUCUGGUGUGCAGGAGCAGAGAGCGAGCGGAGGCCGCCAGAGAGGAGAUCAUCCAGCAGAGCAACAAUCAGGAGGUCCAUGUGCACAUUGUGGACAUGUCCAGUCCCAAACAGGUGUGGGAGUUUGCCGUUGGAUUCACUCAGAAACACAGCAUCAACGUACUGGUGAAUAAUGCAGGCUGCAUGGUGAAUCAGCGGGAGCUGACCGACGAUGGACUGGAGAAGAACUUUGCUACCAACACUCUGGGUACAUACAUCUUGACAACAGCGUUAAUCCCUGCCCUGAAGCAGUCGGCAGACCCACGAGUGGUGACUGUGUCUUCUGGUGGGAUGCUGGUUCAGAAGCUUAAUGUGGAUGAUCUGCAGUUCGAGAAAGGAUCUUUUGAUGGGACCAUGGCUUACGCACAGAACAAGAGGCAGCAGGUGACUCUCACAGAGCGCUGGGCUCAGCAGCAUAAAGACAUCCACUUCUCCUCCAUGCACCCAGGAUGGGCCGACACUCCAGCGGUGCGCUCGUCCAUGCCUGAGUUCCACGCUAAGAUGAAAGGUCGUCUGCGCUCUGAGGCCCAAGGAGCCGACACCAUCACCUGGCUCUGUGUUAGCGCCGCCGCCACCCAGCAGCCCAGCGGAGCCUUCUUCCAGGACCGUAAGGCGGUGAACACACACCUGCCGCUGGCCUCCACGAGACCCUCUGCUGCUGAGGAGGAGCGACUGAUCGCCGCGCUGGACACUCUGGCCCUCAAGUUCAAGCCCUCCGCAUAACACACACACACACACACACACACACACACACACACACACACACACACACACUCUGGCCCUCAAGUUCAAGCCCUCCGCAUAACACACACACACACACACACACACACACACACACACACACUCUGGCCCUCAAGUUCAAGCCCUCCGCAUAACACACACACACACACACACUCUGGCCCUCAAGUUCAAGCCCUCCGCAUAACACACACACACACACACACACACACACACACACACACACACACACACACACACACACACACAGUCAGAGGUCCUCCACAUGUUAACUUGUUCGUGUGUGCACGCUUUGGAGUCUGGGAAGAAUAAUAUUUAUUUUUACAGUCUAAAAUUGUCUCUUUUUUAAUGGUUGUAUUAAACAUUUACACUCCCAACAUGACGUGUGUGUGUGUUUGAAUACAGUAAGCAAGAGUGUACACCCAACAUACAUACACACACACACACACACUACCAGUCAAAAGUUUGGACACACACAUUGUACACUUAACACACUUGGAAGUGUU